AUGGAAGGCCUCCGCACUGGCGUGGCCAGAAUGGAAAUCUUCCGUGUGCAUCCGUCCUCGUUUGAUAAGGCGGAGGCGUUGCCUUGUAUCGCUGUACUGGAUCCACUUGGUUCGUAUCAUCGUAAAGCUGCUAUUAUCCGUUCCCUUAAAACAUUUUUGCGGAUGCAAUGGGAUAAUUCUCAAGAAUGCGUUGACAACAUGAAUGCAAUUUCUGAAUACGAAAUGGAUCAAGUUCAUACGUUAAACGUGAAUGCCCCACACCAAGAGAAUAGCUACGACUGUGGUGUCUAUGUGCUGAAAUUUGCUGAGAAACGUAACGGAUGCGAAUCUUGA